AUGUUCGACUGGGACGAAGUGCCGGAGAAUUUGGGUGGGCCCAACAAGGCAGCCUUGGAAGUUGAGGCCGAGGUGGAAGCUGCCAAGCCUAGGGAGGAGACGCCUGCCGAGCGUGCGGCACGGCGCCGCAGUGAACGCCAAGGCCAGCCAGAUGCCACAGGAUAUGCGAACGGGGCCAAGCGUCCGGCUGCCAGUGUGAAGAAGAAAGCAGCUGCUACCCCUGCAACACCAGAGGGACAACUGCUGAAGGCGGCGCGAUCUGGCAGUUUGAUGUCUGUGAUACGACUGCUUCAGAUGGGAGUGGAUCCGAAUGCCAGUGAUCCUGGAGCUCCGCGCUGCCUGCAGGCCGCUCUGGGCUCCGGCAGCGUGGACGUCUGCGCCGCGCUGCUGCUGCACGGGGCCAGCGCCGACAGCGCCGUGGCCGACGUGACGGGGACGGCGCCGGAGGUGCGGAGGCUGCUGGAGUUGUUUCAGGGACGAGCUCCAGAAGCAGGAGAACUGCCGCAGGUGGUGAACUCGAUCGAUCCUUUGCUUCGACCCCAGGUCACCCAGAUGCUGAUGGAUCUCCUUUCAUCCAGGGCCAGUGCCCCAUCAGCCCCGCGAGCCGUGGUUCCAGCGCCGGUUCCAAGCCCGCCCCCGAUGCCACCGGUUUCGGCCAUGGUCCAACCCAACCCGUCUCAGGCGAAGAAACCGGCGGUGCCAAGCCCAAAAGUGGCAGUACCAAAUACAUCAAAUACAAAGCCAUCAGCUGUGAAACCACCAGAGUCCAAAGCUGUGUCACGGGUUGAGGUGCCGAAAUCCAUGCCAAAAUCAAUGAAUGGCUCGAAGGUGAAUCCCAUGAAGCCAGCUGAAACCAACAGUCACCCUGCCAAAACGCGAGAGGUGGCCGGCCCUCCACGAGCCCCAGCGCAAUUGGCGGUUGCAGGUCCCAAGUCACCAUUACUGGAAGCCGUGGAAGCGGGAGAUUUGGGUUGCGUGACCAAGCUGCUCAAUGGCAGGGCCGAGCCCAAUGAGUACGACAGACAGGGAGAAACUCCGCUGUUUACUGCAGCAUCUCAUGGCUCUGUGGAUGUGGUGGCCACUCUGUUGUUGUGCAAUGCUGAGCCGCUCACCCGGUCCAUCCAUGGACGCACACCAUGGGAUGUGGCAUCGUCUGAGCCAAUAAGGAGCUUGCUGAACUUCUUUGCGGGGCAGGAGUUAGACCCUCACUCCAGCGACCAGUUGCUUCUUCGCCUCAGCGACGCCACAGUGGAUGCCAUGCGUCUGGAGAUCUCCGAGCGCGCCGCGAACCGCCGAGGCCUGCGCCCCAUCGAUGGCGACGACGACGGCAGCUCCGGCACGGGGCGGCGCCGGCCGCUGCCGCCGUUGCCGCCCGAGGUGAAGGCGGCGCGAGACGCGCUGGCGGCCAAGGAUCUCAAUCAAGAUCCACUCGCCUGCGCCGCGCGCAACGGUGAUGUGGAUGAGGUCCUAAGGCUGCUGGAGGGUGGAUGCAACCCAAAUGUCGGUGAUGAGUUGGGUGAGACCCCUCUUUUUGAAGCGGCCUCGGCUGGUUCGGUGAACGUGGUCGCUGCGUUGCUGGUUCACCGGGCAGAUCCACAGCAGAAAUCCUUAUCUGGUGGUAUCGCAGCGGAUUUAGCGACAGAAGCGGUCACCAAGAGCUUGCUGGCAACCUAUGCUGGCAUCAAGGUCUCUGACGAUGAGAAGGCCGCUUGCUGCCGGGCCAUCACCGAUGACGAGCUGAGAGAAGCCGUAGCCAACAAGUUUCGGGCCGAGAUGUUCCGGGGUGCCGAGCCCCCCGAGCAAAAGCCAAGUAGCCCGUACUACCCUGUCAGCGUUGAGUGUGUCACUGACGUGGACAAGAUGCACUACUUUGAUAUGACCCGCCUGGGCGCUUUCCUGGCCAUUCCUUUGGUGUACCAAUCCUACUACAACGGUGACGCCUAUGCAGACGCCAAGACUUUUGAGGAGGAGAAGAAGGCAGACGCUAUCAGGCGCGCGGAAGAGGAAGCUGCACGGCAAGCAGCGAUCGAUGCAGGGGAAGACGUGCCAGAUGCCGGUGAUCCACCAGAGGAGAAACAGCUGGUCAUGCGGGGCACCGAUGUGAAGAUGGUCUUGUGCUUGGACACUCUAGGUACCAAUACGGCCUUUGAGGAGUCCAACGCCGUGAAGAUUCUGGAGCUGGUCAAGGCGUGCGGGCAGUGCAAGUCGAAGACCGAGUUCAAACAGGUCGACAAUCAGGUCCUCAUCGUCAUUGAUGAUGCCCUACGCACUGAAGUGGAUGAGCAGGUGCUGGAGUGUGCUGAUCACGUGGAGCAGGGUUUCAUGGAACAGCUGGAAGCCGAGCAAGCUGAAGCUGAGGAUGAACUGAAGAAGGAGCUGAUCCAGAAGAAGUUUGCCUUCCUCAAAGCCUUGCAGGUGGCCAAAGAGAUGCACGAGCUGAUUGGCGGCUUGACCAACUGGGUCUACACCACCAGUGACGUCAUGAGUGUGGUGGCUGCCUUGGCCUACUUUGCUGGCUAUAAGAAGGCAGAGAUCUACCCAAGGAGGAAAUCCACCAUGGAUUGGCAGAAACUGAAGACCUUGUUAUACCAACCCUUGGUGCUCCUUGAGAAGGUGGUGAAGAGGGAGGUCGAGGGUCCAAGGAAGGAUGUGCCGCCGGAACACCUCCAUAGCUCCAUCCUGCAGUUGGCCUCCCCUGCAGAGAUGGACGCAGAGAAAGCCAAGGCCAUCUCGCCCGCAUUUCAGUUGAUUUACAACCUCGUCCAGGCCGGUUGUGCAUAUCGAAAUGCAGAUCUGGAGCUACGAAAGGCAGAAUUCAACAAGCAGAAGGAGGAAGCUGGUGAGGAGUACGGAGGACCAGCGUUGGAGGACUUGGAUGAUGACUUCAAGGAGCCAGCUUAA